CGCAGUUUACAUUGUUGGAUCCGACGAGCAAGUUGGCUUGAAGCGCGCUAAGCGGUCUAAUAUCCCGUCUGUUGGCUUGAUGCCGUAAAAUUUUCCAAGGGCCUGAGGCAUGUGCUCCUCUGUCGGCCUGGUUGUGGAAGGCAUUGCGCUGGGCAGUGGAAGCCAGUAUUUUUCACGGAUGACCAUGAAAAGAGAGUACAAUACAAAGUGUUUUUGGAUGGAUCGCUUUUGUCACGAAGUAGCUAACCACUAUAGGGAGCAGCAGCAGCUUGGACCUGGAUGUGUAUCCCGAAAUGCAAGCCAUCGGCGACGAAAGAGGAUACCCUCGGUGAAAAAAUCUCGGGAGCCUGCAUUAUUAGCGUCAGGAUAUGCGCAGUUUCGCGAUGUGUGGCCAACUCAUGUGCACUACUUCCCCAGAUCCGACGAUACUACCUAUUCGUCCCGCAGCCGACGUCCAGUGUGGUCCGGUAAAUUGUCCGACGAGACUUACAACGACGCAGUGCGUCGCAUAAGAAGUGCUCACAGUUGCGAGCAGCUACGUCACCUGGUCGACCGGAUUCCAUGGAGAAGGGAGAGCCAAAUUGGAACCAGUGAUGAGGUGCCGGUGGCCUCCGUGCACGGAAGCCAAACCAGCGACUGUGGCCGCCUCAAUUAUAAGAUAAAUAUUAAUAAGUGUCCCUCGGAAAGCCCACAACAGCAACUACCGGUGAAUUUCCACGGCUAUUUGCAACUGGCCAGCAGCUAUUACGAACGGGGGUUGCAGGCUAAUAUAAAGUACCUGCAAUCGAUAGGCCAGAGACACCUUAAUGCAAUAAGGCCGGCGACGGGUUUACUCUUUGACGAAGUGCAGCGUAACGAGAGUCCGGCUGAAAAGUCGGCCAGUCGACUGGUGACGUUGCUCAAGCGUUUGCCACGCAAGGUCAAGAAGAAAGCAGACUACCGCGGUAUUUGGGUGAACAUAAGAACAGUUAAACGAGAGAAUCUGGCAAAAGUGCAAAGUUCGGAUGAUAAUUUGUACUUCAACUCAGAGCUGAAAUUGAACACAGAUUAUCAGAUUACUAGCAUGUGUGAUUAUAGUGACUACGAUUAUACAACUUCAGAAUUGGAUGAACCAACAGGAGCAGAAGGAGAAAGGACUAUAGAACCCACACUGACUGCAGCAACGAGCGAAGCUGCUGUUCAAGUCGCACACACAUCCGCAGACCAACGACGUCUCUAUGAGAUCAUCGACAAUCUAAGCUACCUGAGUACUGGGGAGAACAGUUGUCGCAGGCAGCGACUGAUACUGACCCUGCCCCAGAUUACGGUGACUGACUAUACCGCUCACCAGGUGGCGCCACAUAGAACCAGCUUCGACAUUUUUACAAUGCAAAUACCCAAUGAAGAUAGACCACCGAACCUUGAUCUGAAAGCGACAUAGAAUCAAUAUAUAUAAAAACAAUCGACAAUUUAAUCGAAUAAAAUCGUAUUAAAUCUACAAGAACAAAAAAACGAUAGCGAAACCAACAGCAUAACCGAACAGAUUUCAAAAGCGCGCGCACGUCAGCGGAAAUCGUUUAUAUGCUUAGUACAAAAAACAGAAAACAAAUAAAAAAAUAGCGACGCUCGCGCUUCCGAACAAUGGUUGUUGCUGUUGUCGCUGCCGACGUCGUUGAAAGAAACAGUAGCAGAAGCGGAAUCGACGAAAGUAGUGGUUUCGCUGUUUCUCCAUCAUUUGUAGGUUCUACACCAGACUCUGUGGUUAAAAGCAAUUAUACUGAUAAGGAAACCACAACAACAAGGGCGGAACGAAAAGCGCUAGAUGACAGUGUUUCUGGCCAGCAAGCGUUAAGAGAGACUCAAAAGAACUUUUUUCAAAAAAAGUUAAAAAUCAACAUCACAAACAACAACAUGAUUGAUGCGGCCGAAGCAACGACAACGACGGAAUCGACGCGGUCAAUAAAGGGCAUUCCCACCAAGAGUGCCGUCAGCCAGCGAAACGUGGAUAUCAAGAUAGACAGGACCAGUAACAUGGAGGCGGCCACACAAGAGUUAACAAAGAAGGUGCUCAAACUAGAUCUUGGCGGCAAGAACCUCGAUGAAUACUCACUUAAAUCGCCCAAGUCACCUAUAGCUGCACGAUUGCCGCAUCAAACGUCUAUAACGUCAUCGGUGGAUGUAGAGGACAGGAAGACAUUACGAGAGGCCUUAUACCAGGGAAUAUUUCAUCGGCACCGCCGUACUAUUUUUGCCGUGGGCAGUUUCCUGCGUAUGCUGCGCAGCCGCAACUCACAAUACAAUACGAUACGCAGCUCUUCGGAAGGCGAGGACAUCGAUGAGCCGAAGCAUCAUCCGCAGAAACUUGAGCAUUCCCAAGAGUACCUCCAGACACCUGGCCAAGAAGUAACAACCAUAUACGCAACAUUGCCAUUUGAACAACAGGGAAAAUCGGAUUCGCUUUAAAUGUCCCUGCUGCUUGAGAUGAAUUUUGCUUACUUAAUAAUGUUUUAAAACGCCGUGUAACCAUGAGACUAGCCCCCUUGUGUUAGCAUGUAGUGGGCCAAAUUAGUUCCGUGCUUAGUAUUAUAACAAUAAUACUUGACGGACUGAGGCCAGACUUUAUUAUCUGCAGGACACGGAAUCAACAUUUUGCUAGACUUCGCAGCCUUAUUGCUUUCAUUAUUUUAGCAGAUUCAUACAUUUAAGUAAAACAAAGCUGAACCUGAACGUCUUACUUCCAACCUACUUCAACCAAUUUAAUUGUAUUGAGUUUGCAUUGUUUCAGCGCCCAGCACUGUAAUUAAGAUAAUAAUUAUGAGUUAAGAACAUUCCAUUCGUUUGCUUUAAGAGAAUGCAUAAAAUGCCUUUGAAUUAUGCACUUGUAAUCUUACGUGUCACACAUACGCCAGAUUUAAAAAAAGUAUACUGACCCGGAAUCCGGUUGUCUGUUGUUGGCGGUCAAAAAUGCAAAAAAAAAACAUUUUUUUUAGCUUGGAAGUCUUUUGUAAUCAAAUCAAAUUUGGAGGUAAGGUACUUUUUUAUGAUACACAGUGUAAUCUCCCUUUUUUUAAUACUUUGUUUUAAAAUUUUUUAAAUAAAUUAAGUGGAAUAAGUAUACUUUUCAUAGCAUUUGGUAGUUGUUAAUAGAAAUGACAUUUGUUGAUCUUAACUAUACCUGUUACUCUUAGAUUAAAAGGUUAUACCAAAAUCGUUGGAACUAUGUAUUAGUCAAAAGAAAACGUUGUCGAAUAGUAAAGUAAAAAGGUAGGAACGUCGAAGUUUUAGAAACUCUAGGCAGAGGGAAGCUAACAAUGAUAAUCUGGAAAUUAUGCUUACAAACAACACUCCUAUACAUUUACAUUUUUUUUUUUCAAUUUAAAUUUAAAUUAAUAUACUGUGGACUUAAAAUCUGAUCAUUUUUCAAAGGGCAAGAACAAAAUAAGCAAAUAUUUGUUAUUAGUUCAGUAAAAAAGUUAAAUCACAAAGUGCUGGGCAGCAAAACAGGCAUAUCGUAGAUAUCAAUUAUAAGUGAUGUGCUUGUUGUUAAAUGUAAUUUGUUAGAUUUUGUUUUUUCAUUGCAAUGGGAACAAAACUUAUAAAGCCGCAUUAGAAAAAAUGUUUUUAAACAAUGAACAAAUUGAUGUAUUGCGUAAACACCUAAUAUAUAUUUAGCUACUAUAUAAGCUAUAACCAUACAUAUAUGUAUGUAUAUUGAUAUAUUUGAAUGAACAUGUCCUAGUUAUAGAACAUAUAUGAUUGUUGUUGUCUCCAUUAACAUAUGAAAUGUAAAUUAUUUUCUGUUGCGAUUCCACAUAGAAUAUCCAUUAAAUAAUGUUAAACAUAUUUUAGAGCUUUUUUCUUUUUCACGCUACCUUAUAUAUAUAAGUAAAAUUAUUAGGUAGUGGUUUAAGAUAAUUUUGUACAGGAAAAAGAUUCAUUAUCAAUCCAUGACACAAAUAUUCGCUAAACCAUACCGUUCCGUAGUUUCACCCCGAUUUGAUGUCGAUUGGAUGAACAAUAAAAGCUUAACAACUGAUAGUUACUGCUUGACUUUAUUAAUCAGAGGUCGCAUUUGAUCUCUCGUCUUGCAGUUCCUUAAAAGGCCCGGCUCGAAGCUUAUGCGAUUGCCGCACUUCUUCGAUCGCUAAUGCUAAUACUUACUACGAGUAUGAGCUACGAAUUUGAUAAAAUUUCUUGCAUGUUGUUAGCCAAAUCCAUGCCAAAAAAAGGUAAGAUUAAAGGCUGGCGCGGUCCAGGAGUGAGGCAAGGAUAUAGGUGCUCCCCAAUUUCCACCCAGUGUCGCUAGAAAAUCCUGGUAAAGCGUGGUAAUGAUAGAAUUAGACAUUCAAUAUAUAUAAGAAAUCUAGAAACAGGGAGACCAACAAAAUGACAGUUUAAAAAACGAUUGUUAAUUUCUUUGUAUGAGAUCGUCGAGAUCUUGGAAGCAAUAAGAGCUAGACAUUUCUAGUUCCCACAAAAUUUUUGUGAGGUAAUGAGUAAUAAGCGUAAAUAUCUCAUUCGCGGCUUUUAUCAUUCGAGACUUAUUAGACUUAUUAUUGCUUCAUGAAAAAGUCAAAAUAAAUCUUCGUGCAGACCUUCUAUGUUAAAAUU